AUGAGGCGCUUCGAGAAGCUGAACCCGACGAAGUACUGGCUGCCUAAUAUUCCGCUUACGCUGAUGCCUCCGGCACGCAACCUGCCCUCCAACAAGUUCGUGCUGCGCGUGCAGCCCAACAUCACCAAGGUCGAGCUUCAAAACUACAUCUCGCAGCUCUACGGCGUCUCGGUGACAAAGGUCAACACCAUGAACUACGAGGGCAAGCUCAAGCGAGCUCCGCGUCGCGGCAAGUUCUACUCGACUAAGCGCUACAAGAAGGCCAUCAUCACCACCGACGAUUCCAUUCGCGCGGACGAUUUCCAAGAGGAGGGCCGGCGCGGCGCCGGAUUCAUCGAGGGCGAGGUUGUGCCCACCAAGCGACGGUGA